AUGUCGCACAUGACCAAUACGCUAGCGACGCCAGAACAGCUCUACCAGCGGCGGUCGUACAGCUCGCUGCCGCCGGACCUCCAGGACGCCAUCUUGUUCGCGACGCAAUGCCUCACCCAGGCCGCCGGCGUCCUGCUCCAGCUCCCCCAGUCCGUGACAGCCCAAGCAAACGUGGUGCUGGCACGGUACUGGCUCGUCGAGCCAUUGAUGGGCUACGAGUUUAGUGAUGUAUCCGCUGCUUCCGUCUUCCUCGUCGCGAAGCUAGGCCCGACCCCGCGCUCUCCGCGUGACAUAGCAAACGUCUACGCCUACCUGCGCUCCAGCAGUUCGACCCUGUUCCGAUCGCCAGCCGCGCCUUCUCCUUCCCCGCCGCCCGCCAACAACCCGAAUAGCUACUACCUCUCCGAGACGGCCUACCAGGCGGCGCACAGCCGCAUCCUGGCCAUCGAGGAGCGGCUGCUCUACGCCCUGGGCUUCGACACGCACGUGUCGCUGCCGUACCCGCUGGCCAUCACGUAUCUCAAGACAAUGGACUUUCUGGGGCUGCGCGUGGAGACGGUGGCGCGUCGCGUGGUCGAGUACCUCAACACGGCGCUGCUGUCGCCGCAGAUGCUAUACCUUACGUGCCAGCCAAACGAGCUGGCUGUGGCAGCCAUCUACAAUGCGGCGCGCGACAUCGGCGCCAAGAUGCCCGAGUGCGAGUGGUGGGAGGUUUUUGACGUCGACCGUGAGGUGCUGGGCUUUCUGGUCGUCGGCAUGCGCAGCGUCGAGGGCUGGGCCGCCAAGAUGCGCGACGACAUCCCCGCCAUGGCCAAGCGCAUGAUCACGAGGAAGGACAUUGAGGACGACAUGGCUUGCCGCGGCCAGCCGCUGGGGAGAAAUGGCUACGGCGCUGACGCCUCGGUGCCCGACCUCGAGGCCGACAUGGCCCGCCAGAUGGACGACCAGAUCGCCGAGCUCGAGAAAAGCUCGCAUGGAUUCGCUUGA